AUGUCAGCGGGUCGAUACAUCCGUAAACGUCCAAUGGCCCAAUCGAUUUCCGAAGACGAAGCAGUAGAGAAUGCGAGCCGAAAUGCUAAUGAUCCGCUUGAACAUUGCUCGUCAUCUUCCUUGUUAUCUGAGUCGUCCACGUUUUCUACCUCAACUUGUGAACACUUGCCUUCCACCCCCCUCAAAAGUCUCUAUGAUUGUCCGAUUUGUUUCCAACUUUUCCGCGAACCAUAUUCAACAUUAUGUGGUCAUUCAUUCUGCCGCGAAUGUAUCAGUGCACAUCUGGAGCGUUCUUUACGAUGUCCUGUGUGUAGUCGAGGUUUGGAUCCAAGAUCGGGUCCCAUUGUUUUUCCUAAUUUUACGGCAGCUAGCAUUGUAGAUGCAAUUCGACGCAACAUGAAGACGGCGCGCAGUCUUGCAGCCGUCAGUGGUAGAAAUGAGGGCUUGGAGUUAACAAGCGAAAAACUGGUUGAUUUGGCUUUGAAUGCAGAUGCUAAUUUUCUGGAUCAUUUUAUGGAUCUUUUGAAAAAGCGACGUGAACAGAUUAGUAAUAAUGUCACUCGGAGAAAAAACAUGCUCCUGAACGAGUUUAUUGAUGAAAUGAUUGCACAACGAGAAGAGAAGCUUAAGCAGCUUCAGAAUGAGCUAUCCAUUUUACGGAAUGAUAAAGCUUCCAUUCAGGCGAUGAUGAAAGACGAUUCGAGCAAUAACGCUGGCACACAUUCACAACGAAUGGUGCCAGAUGCCAGUGGUUCACAAAUAAUGCAAUCUGCAUCAGUUCUGAAAAAAAUGAGGUUUGAUGGUGGUGAUAAUGAUACUGAGGAAAUAGGAAAGUAUCGCAGUCGUCUUCAGCAGCAUAUGACCGGUUUAGAGCAAGCUUACUUUAGUAGGCGUUUAAAUAACACAGAAUCUAGGACUAUUACGGAUGAUUCAUUGGGUCCAUGUUGCGACACUCUUGAUGAUUUUUCGCAAGUAUUACACGGCAUGUCGCAAUAUGGCAGUUUCCGGCGUUUAGCAUCCUUAAAUUAUAAUGUUGCAGAUGCAACAGCUGCAUUAUCUAUUGUUUCAAGCAUUGAAUUCGACAAAGAUGGUGAAUUUUUUAUCCUGGCGGGUGUUGCUAAACGUAUAAAAGUGUAUGAAUUCCAAUCAGUUAUCGAAAACACAGAUACUUUGCAUUAUCCUGUUACUCAGCUUCAGUGUACGUCCAAAAUCAGUAAUGUGUCAUGGAAUCCCUAUUGUAAAAACACUCUUGCAAGCAGUGAUUACGAUGGAACAGUACAACUUUGGGAUACCUCACUUGCAAAGUCAAUUAGGCGUUAUCAGAUAAAUUUUAUUCUAAUUCGUUAUAAAUUAACUGGAAAUAUUGCUUUUUAUGAACAUGAGAAGCGAUGUUGGACUGUGGUCUUCAACAGUGUUGAUCCUCAUUUAAUGGCUUCUGGAUCUGAUGAUGCACGAGUGAAACUUUGGUCAAUCGGUGUGGAUCGUUCUGUGGCAACAAUUGAUGCUAAAGUCAAUGUAUGUUGCGUCUGUUUCAGUCCAACGCAGCGAAAUUAUCUUGUUUUUGGUUCUGCCGAUCACUGCAUUCACUUGUACGAUAUCCGAAGACCGAUAGAACCGGUUAAUGUUUUUCGUGGCCAUCGAAAGGCAGUAUCUUACGUCAAAUAUUGUACCGAAAAUGAAGUCGUUUCAGCGUCUACCGAUAGUAAUCUCCGAUUAUGGGAUGUAAGUAGCGGAAAAUGUAUACGCACUAUGAAAGGUCAUCAAAAUGAAAGAAAUUUUGUGGGUUUGGCAACCGAUGGUAAUCACAUCGUAUGUGGAUCGGAAAAUAAUCAUCUCUAUCUGUAUCAUAAGGGCUUAUGCGAUCCGUUAAUGUGCUAUGAUUUCGGUCGUGCAGAUAAUACUCGUUCGGCGCUUCUGGCAACUGAUUCUUCUUCUGAUUUUGUGUCUGCUGUUAGUUGGAAAAAGAAUUCGAAUAUUGUUGUGGCAGCGAACAGUCAAGGAACAACACAUGUAUUUGAACUUAUUUAG